UUCCUUCCCCAUUCUCUCUCUUUCUAUACAUCUCGGCCGCCCCCGUUCAAUUUAGGAACCCCAAUUGCUCCGAUCUCGAACCAAAAUGAAGCAAAUAAACACAGGAAUCGUUGUUGAUGGGGGAUUCGUGAGUCGGGAAGAGAAGCAUUACACCGUUUUCAAAACCUCGCUGUUCUACGCCAAUGACGGAUUCACCGUGUACGACUGCAGCAACGGCGAGUUGGUCUUCCGGGUCGACUCGUACGAGCCCGACGCCCGGGACAGAGACGAGCUCGUCCUCAUGGAUCCCCACGGCCGCUGCUUACUCACUGUCCGGAAGAAGAGGCCGAGUCUGCAUCAGCGGUGGGAAGGAUUCCUGGGGGAGAGGAAGGAAGGGCAGAAGGCGAUGUUCAGCGUGAGGCGGUCUUCUAUAAUCGGACGGUCAGGGAUGAGCGUGCAGGUGUACGAAAACCCAGGUGAGGAGUACGAGAUCGAAGGGAGCUACGGGAGCCGGAGCUGCAACGUGAUAGACGCGGCGAGGAGAGCGGUGGUGGCGGAGAUCCGGCGGAAGGUUGACGCGUCGACGAACACGGUGCUGGGGAAGGACGUGUUCUCUCUGGCGGUGAAGCCCGGGUUCGACGGGGCGUUCGCCAUGGGAUUGGUGCUGGUUCUCGAUCAGAUCUGCGGCGGUGAUGUCGUUGAGGAGGAUGACGGCGAUUGUUAUGGCAAUGGCGCCGUUGAUGUUGAUCACGUGGGCCAGGAGGAGGAGGUGGAUUGCGGGCCGCUCGCGUUGGAUCGGUAGUUUUGGGCCUCAUAAUUGUGGGCUAUUCGUCAUUGGGCGCAGCUAGGCCCGGGGAGACUGUUCGAAUUUGAGAUAAUUCGUUGUAAAACCUACACGAGUUGUAGGGGUUUGGUGCAAGAGCCAGGGAUCACAAUAAAUAAAUUCCUAUUUCUACA